CACUAGCGAUGUGCUGCAUUCAAUGGCUUGGGAAGAGAUUAUAACCUUUAUAGAAUAUCCUAGGAACAAUGUUUUUGGGAAAUUUAUGAAGGUCCCAAAGACAACCAACGAUUUUGCUUUACGUCUACUUCUUUGUCAAUUGCUGAUAUGGAGUUAGCAGCGCCAAGUUCAGAACUUAAUUCUGAGAACUUUGUGAAUGCUUUUUAUAUCCCUACCUAUGUACUUGUUCCAAACACAAAAGUGGAGCCUGUGGCUACUGUGCCUGAAUGCCCCGUUUUGGUAUUUAUCAAUUCCAGAAGUGGUGGUCAGCUAGGUGGAGAUCUUCUUGUCACAUACCGAUCCAUACUAAACACAAACCAGGUUUUUGAUUUAGGAGAUGAAGCUCCGGAUAAGGUGCUAAGUAGGCUUUUUGUCAAUCUUGAAAGGCUCAAGAAUAACGGCGACCAAUUUGCUCUUAUACUUGAGAAGAAGUUGAGAAUAAUCGUUGCUGGUGGAGAUGGUACUGCUGGAUGGCUCCUUGGGGUAGUGUCUGAUCUAAAAUUAGCGCAGCCACCAGCCAUAGCUACUGUGCCUUUGGGCACUGGGAACAAUUUGCCAUUCGCCUUUGGUUGGGGUAAGAAAAAUCCUGGAACUGACCGUAACUCUGUGCUCUCGUUCUUGUAUCACGUGCGGAAAGCAAAAGAAAUGAAGAUAGACAGCUGGCAUCUUCUCAUGCGGAUGAGAGUACCCAAAGAAGGCACUUGUGAGCCACUUGCUCCUCUGGAAUUGCCACAUUCAUUGCAUGCAUUCAAUCGGGUUUCUCCAACAGAUAAUCUCAAUAUGGAAGGUUACGACACUUUCCGAGGAGGAUUUUGGAACUAUUUCAGCAUGGGAAUGGAUGCACAAGUGUCGUAUGCAUUCCACACUGAACGUAAACUGCAUCCCGAAAAAUUCAAAAACCAGCUGGUUAAUCAGGGAACAUAUGCAAAGCUUGGAUGUCAACAAGGAUGGUUUUUCGCAUCUUUAGCUCAUCCUUCUUCAAUGAAUGUAGCUCAGAUGUGCAAGGUUAAGGUCAUGACAAAGCAGGGUUGUUGGGAAUGCAUCGAAAUCCCUCCCAAUAUCAGGUCUAUUGUGUGCCUUAAUCUGCCAAGCUUUUCUGGAGGACUGAAUCCAUGGGGAAGUCCAAGUGGCAUGAGACGACGUGAGAAAGGUUUCACUCCACCUUAUGUUGAUGACGGAUUAAUUGAGGUUGUCGGCUUUAAAGAUGCUUGGCAUGGACUAGUUUUGCUUGCUCCAAAAGGACAUGGACGUCGUAUUGCUCAGGCACGCGGUAUCCGGUUUGAGUUCCAUAAAGGUGGAGCUGAACAUACGUACAUGAGGAUCGAUGGGGAGCCAUGGAAGCAACCGCUCCCAGUCGACGAUGAGAUGGUGGUAGUAGAAAUUUCUCAUCUUGGCCAAGUCAAGAUGCUUGCUACGCAUGAUUGUAUAUCCAAAAGCGUGUUCGACCCCUCAUCUCCUAUGGCACAGGAAGAUGGGAGGGAUAGCGAUAACGAGGACGAGUCUCCCGAGGAAGCGUCGAGGAAAUUCGGGGCUGCAGAAACAUUCAAGAUUCCAGAUGAUGUUACCCUAUCUCUUGACCCAUCUCGCCUAAGUUAAUCCUGCUGCUGAUAAAUACUUGGAUUAGCGGUUAUUUACAAGAGGUAUUACUGCUCUGCAAUUUUGCUAGACUUUAUCUUUUUUGGUUACCUUAGUCAUAAAUAUAUAGAUGUACGAAGAGAAGCACAUUUGAUUAGGAAAAUUUCUUGAAAUCAUCUUUUACUUUGUUGGGUAA